GCUGAGGCUCUGGGCCUCGGGAAACAUCCCCUCACGGGAUUGGCCGGGGCUGCCAAAGGGCCCGCCUCCCGCACGCUAAGGCCUCGGUCGGGCUGGGAAAGGGGUUCUGGGGUCCUGAGGCCAAGCGCUCCGGGGAACAUGGCGGCGGACCUCGCUCAGAUUCCUGAUGUGGACAUCGACUCAGAUGGCGUCUUCAAGUACGUGCUGAUUCGAGUCCACUUAGCAUCGCCCUCCGAGGAUCCGACGAAGGAGUGCAAGGAAAUCGUGCGUGGAUACAAAUGGGCAGAGUACCACGCGGAUAUUUAUGACAAAGUGUCAGGCGAGCUGCAAAAGAAUGGCUAUGAUUGUGAGUGCCUAGGCGGCGGACGCAUCUCCCAUCAAAGCCAGGACAGGAAGAUACACGUGUAUGGCUACUCUAUGGGUUAUGGUCGUGCCCAGCACUCGGUUUCAACUGAGAAGAUCAAAGCCAAGUAUCCUGAUUAUGAGGUCACCUGGGCUGACGAUGGCUACUGAGGCCCUGCUCCCCAGCAACUAAGUCAGGACUCUGCUCUUGCUGUGUUGUCUCUUGAAGGACUGGCCCCGUGCUUUCCUUUUGUACUUUUGGCAACAUGCCACCUGCCAGGCCUCGGAAGCCAGAACAGUCUGGUCCAUAGGAAUUAAAAGCUUUGAUAAGCCUGCUA